UUAUAGCGAUGCAUGAAAUGAAAUGAACAAGAGAAACGUGUCUUCUUCAAUAACUUUAUGGUAAAUCGCGAGUUGUUCCAGGAGGUAGCAGUAUUUUUCUGGUAGGUCCCGCCACUCACAAAAAGCCGACCCAUUUCUGCAUUCUCUGCUCUUCCUAAUCUAUGAUGAUCGUUUAUAAAUUUGGAGCCCUCGCUCCCCAACACAAAAGGCCUUUUCUUUUUAAUCCCAUUAAAAUAUUGUUUUGACUUCAAACUAGCAAACUUGAGUGGCAUUUCUCCGGUUUUUCGCUUUAUUUUUGACUCCGAAGUUUUUUCCACUAGUUUUUGAACUCCGGCGAUGCCUACGCCGGUCGGAGUAGCCAAGCAAUGCUUGACGCCGGAUGCAUCUCGAGCUCUCGAAGAAGCCGUCUCCGUGGCGCGCCGUCGUGGGCACCCCCAGACCACCUCGCUCCAUGCUGUCUCCGCCUUGCUUUCGUUGCCGUCGUCUACCUUACGUGACGCGUGUGCUCGUGCCCGGAGCUGUGCCUACUCGCCUCGGCUUCAAUUCAAGGCGCUAGAGCUGUGCCUGAGCGUAUCGCUCGACCGGGUCCCCUCGACUCAACUCGCUGACGACCCGCCAGUCUCUAACUCGCUCAUGGCCGCCAUCAGGCGCUCCCAGGCUAGUCAGAGAAGGCAGCCUGAGAAUUUCCACAUUUACCAUCAAAUCUCGCAGCAGCCUACUUCGGUUUCGUGUGUGAAGGUCGAGCUUCAACAUUUGAUAUUAUCGAUUCUCGACGACCCCGUCGUGAGCCGGGUAUUCGGCGAAGCGGGUUUUCGAAGCUCCGAAAUUAAACUUGCUAUUCUUCGACCUCUCCCGCAGCUUCUCAGGUACUCACGCUCCAGAGUUCCCCCUAUAUUCCUGUGCAAUUUGACGGAGCAUCCGGACCCGGGUCGUCGGAGCUUCAGUUUCCCGUUUCCCGGUUCUUUCGGGACGUGCGACGGCGGCGCUGAGAACUACAAAAGAAUCGGAGACUUGCUUUGCAGGAGCAGAGGGAGGAAUCCCCUGCUUCUGGGUGUAUGCGCAGAUGAUGCUCUGCGUAGUUUCACAGAAGAUGUUAAUAAACAAAGAGAUGGUAUUUUGCCAGUGGAGUUAUCCGGAUUGCGCGUGACAUGCAUAGGAACAGAUAUUUCCAAGUUUGUCCUUGAGAAUAGUGAUAACGAGACUUUCAGUUCAAGGCUUAAGGAGAUUGCUCAAAUGAUAGAACAGGGAGUGGGACCUGGUUUGGUGGCGAAUUUUGGGGACCUGAAGUCUUUGGUUGAUGAGAAUGCCUCAAAUGAAGCAGUGAAUUAUGUUGUUGCUGAAUUAGCGAAAUUGUUGGAGCUUAAUUAUGGCAAGUUUUGGUUGAUGGGAGCUGCGGCGAGCUAUGAGAGCUAUCUGAAAUUUAUGGGAAGGUUUCCAUCUAUUGAGAAGGAUUGGGACUUGCAGCUUCUGCCUAUCACGUCUACUCGGCCUCAGGAUGAAUCGCCUAGGCACAGCUUAAUGGAUUCAUUUGUCCCAUUUGGCGGCUUGUUUUCUUCACCUUCUAAUUUGAAAGGUCCGCUACACGGCUCAUAUUAUUGUGUUCCCCGUUGCCUGCAAUGUGGUGGAAGUUGUGUGCAAGAAGUGCUUCCAGCUUCAAAUGAGAGGCUGUCUGCUGAUCCUUACCAAUCUAAUUUACCUCCAUGGUUAGGGACUGCUGACCUUGGCAUAACAAAAGGGUUGAAUGUGCAGACAAAAGAAGACAGUGUUCGGCUGGAUACUAGUGAAUCUGGACCUAUCAAGAAAUUGGACAAGCCAAGCCAGCAUCUGCAUGAUACUCAGCAAUUCCCUGAAGCGAUUCCUUGUCAAACUGUCAUGAGUUCCCGAUGCUCUGAUGGUGAAAAGGAAGAUGUUGACAAUCACAGCAGAAAAAUUUCAGAUGCAUCACCUAGCGUGUACAUCGAUCUCAAUUCGAGUGCGCCCAUCGCAGAGCAGAUGAUUUCUACAACACAUUCAAGUAGUCCUGUUCCUGUGGUUUCGAAAUCAGAUCAGGAUAACCCUAUUGCAAAAGCCGUAGAGAUACUCCAGAAAACGAAAGAUCUUGACUCAGGUGACCUAGGAUCAUGCAACAUGUCCAAUUCAAGCAUGUGUGAUGGUGGCCAAUUGUCUCCCUCGUCUGUGACUUCUGUAACCACAGAUCUAGGUAUAGGAAUUUCCUUUUCUCCUACAAGCAACAAAUCUAAAAACCCAACCAUGGGGGGUCUAAAGGAAAUUGCGAGUCCCCUCUCUUCAAGCUAUAAUUUAGUUAACAGGGAUGUCUUUAAGCAUCCAGCCCAGUCUUCAUCCUGCUUAAGUUCUGACCAUUCUGGACGACAUGAUCUAAUAAAUCCUAAAAUUCUUCUUGAAGCUCUUGCCAAAAAGGUUACCUGGCAGGUUGAAGCCUUACAAAGCAUUGUAAAAGCAAUAGCUUACAGUGAAACAAGCAGGGGCAAAUGCCUAGGAGCAAAUCAACGAGGGGCCAUAUGGAUGAAUUUUGUAGGAACUGACAGGAUUGGUAAAAAGAAAAUUGCUGUUUCUUUGGCUGAGAUUUUGUAUGGAAGCCAGGAAAGCUUUAUUUUUGUUGAUCUCAAUCGUGAGGAAAUAAAUGGACAUGAUGCGAAAUUUAGAGGAAAGACUAUUCUCGAUGUUUUAGUUGGGGAGUUGUGCAAAAAUCCGUUGUCUGUUGUUUUCCUUGACAAUGUAGACAUGGCUGAUAUGAUGGUUCAAAAUAGUUUAUCUCAAGCCAUCAAGACUGGAAAAAUUAUAGACUCGUGUGGGAGAGAAGUUGGUGCAAACAAUGCGAUAAUUGUGACAUCUUUCUCAGUUCAAGAAGAUCAAUGGAAUUGCAGGCCAAAGACAGAAUUCUCAGGCUAUUCUGAGGAAAGAAUAUCAAGAACAAAAGGGGCACCUAUCAAGAUAAAAGUUGAACAUGUAAUUGGAGACACCAGAAGCCCAAGCCUUACUGUACUUAAAUGUUCAACAGAUGGCGUUCCCAAUCCAAUCCCUGUAAAUAAAAGAAAGCUGAGUUGCGACAAUGCCCUUAAUGAUCAGCACAAAACCUCAGAAAUGGCUAAAAGGGCUCACAAAAUUUCAAACUGUUUUCUAGAUUUGAAUGCCCCAGCAGAAGAGAACGAACUGCAAUUCACGGAUGAUGGAAAACCUGAAGGUGUCUCAACUGCCACGCUAAACCCCUGGUUGCAAGAACUGUAUAAUCAGGUUGAUGAAACAAUCAUCUUGAAACCAUAUAAUUUUGAUGCACUUGCAGAUAGGGUCUUAAACAUUAUCAGAAGGAGCUUCCACAGCAUUCUCGGAUCUGAGUGCUCACUACAGAUAGAGUCAGAAGUCAUGGAACAGUUACUUGCAGCUGCAUAUGUCUCAGAACGGGACAUGGAAGUUGAGGAUUGGGUGGAGCAAGUUCUCACUGGAGGAUUUACAGAGAUACAGCAAAGGUACAGCCUCUCUGCUCGUUCUAUUGUGAAACUUGCUACAUGUCAGGAGCAGGCUCCUGGUGUGAGCCUUCUUCCACCAAGGAUAAUCGUAGACUGAGCCCGUCCAAGAAGCUGUUCUUUCAUAUUUUAAUGUAUAAUUUAGCGUAUAGUGCACCUAUUUUAGGCUUCCAAUCCCCAUUGUUUUAUUUGGGUUUCUUUGUCUAGGUUAAGAUUGUAUGAUAUGUAAUCUACAGCUAGUGCUUGCGUGAUUACCCUUGCAUAUUAGUUUUAAAAUCAAAAUUAGCUGGGGUUGCUUGAUGUAUUAUUAAUAAAUAAACUGGUGUUUGAUCAACAGAGCUUUCUAGUUUUACAUUUCGUUA